AGGCGCGCGCCCGCGGCCGGGUUGCAGGGCUGGGCGCGCGCCCCGCGUCCCGGGCAGGAAGAUGGUGGCGAGCGCGCGGGUGCAGAAGCUGGUGCGGCGCUACAAGCUGGCGAUCGCCACGGCGCUGGCCAUCCUGCUGCUGCAGGGCCUGGUGGUGUGGAGCUUCAGCGGCCUAGAGGAAGACGAGCCGGGCGAGAAAGGAAGGCAGAGAAAGCCGCGGCCGCUGGACCCCAGCGAGGGCUCCAAGGACACAGACAGUUCAGCUGGGCGGCGGGGCAGCGCGGGCAGAAGACAUGGGCGCUGGCGGGGUCGCGCUGAGAGCCCCGGCAUGCCCGUGGCCAAGGUGGUACGGGCCGUAACCAGCCGGCACAGAGCCAACCGCCGGGUCCCGCCAGCCCCACCCCCGGAAGCCCCAGGCCGCCAGAACCUCAGUGGGGCAGCAGCCGGGGAGGCGCUGGUCGGGGCGGCUGGCUUCCCGCCACACGGAGACACGGGGAGCGUGGAGGGCGCCUCCCAGCCCACGGACAACGGCUUCACCCCCAAGUGUGAGAUUGUGGGCAAGGACGCGCUGUCUGCCCUGGCCCGGGCCAGCUCCAAGCAGUGCCAGCAGGAGAUCGCCAACGUGGUGUGCCUGCACCAGGCCGGGAGCCUCAUGCCCAAGGCUGUGCCCCGGCACUGCCAGCUGGCUGGGAAGAUGAGCCCCGGCAUCCAGUGGGACGAAGUCCGGGCCCAGCAGCCCGUGGACGGCCCCCCGGUCCGAAUCGCCUACAUGCUGGUGGUUCACGGCCGUGCCAUCCGCCAGCUAAAGCGCCUCCUCAAGGCUGUCUACCACGAGCAGCAUUUCUUUUACAUCCACGUAGACAAGCGUUCCAACUACCUGCACCGCGAGGUGGUGGAGCUGGCCCGGCGGUACGAUAAUGUGCGGGUGACGCCCUGGCGCAUGGUCACCAUUUGGGGAGGGGCCAGCCUGCUGAGGAUGUAUCUGCGCAGCAUGCGGGACCUGCUGGAGGUGCCCGGCUGGGCCUGGGACUUCUUCAUCAACCUCAGUGCCACCGACUACCCGACCAGGACGAACGAGGAGCUGGUGGCUUUCCUGUCUAAGAACCGGGACAAGAACUUCCUCAAGUCACAUGGCCGGGACAACUCCAGGUUCAUCAAGAAACAGGGCCUAGACCGGCUCUUCCAUGAAUGUGACUCGCACAUGUGGCGCCUGGGCGAGCGGCAGAUCCCGGCGGGCAUCGUGGUGGACGGCGGCUCCGACUGGUUCGUGCUGACGCGCGGCUUUGUGGAGUACGUGGUGUACACGGACGACCCGCUGGUGGCCCAGUUGCGCCAGUUCUACACCUACACGCUGCUCCCUGCGGAGUCCUUCUUCCACACGGUGCUGGAGAACAGCCCAGCCUGCCAGAGCCUCGUGGACAACAACCUGCGGGUCACCAACUGGAACCGCAGGCUGGGCUGCAAGUGCCAGUACAAGCACAUCGUGGACUGGUGCGGCUGCUCCCCCAACGACUUCAAGCCACAGGACUUCCUCCGGCUGCAGCAAGUCUCCAGACCCACCUUCUUCGCCCGGAAGUUUGAGUCGACUGUGAACCAGGAGGUACUGGAAAUCCUGGACUUCCACCUGUAUGGCAGCUACCCCCCGGGCACGCCGGCCCUCAAGGCCUACUGGGAGAACACGUACGACGCGGCCGACGGCCCCAGUGGGCUCAGCGAUGUGAUGCUCACCGCUUACAACGCCUUUGUCCGCCUCAGCCUGCGCCACGCUGCCGCCGCUGCACCCCCGCUGGCCACCCCCCUCUGCAGGUUUGAGCCCAGGGGCUUGCCGUCCAGCGUGCACCUGUAUUUCUAUGACGACCAUUUCCAGGGCUACCUGGUGACGCAGCCGGUGCAACCCUCAGCCCAGGGGCCGGCAGAGACGCUUGAGAUGUGGCUGAUGCCCCAGGGGUCGCUGAAGCUGUUGGGGCGCAGUGACCAGGCCAGCCGGCUCCAGAGUUUGGAGGUCGGCACCGAGUGGGACCCCAAGGAGCGUCUUUUCCGGAACUUUGGGGGGUUGCUGGGGCCGCUGGACGAGCCUGUGGCCAUGCAGCGCUGGGCCCGGGGCCCCAACCUCACGGCCACCGUGGUGUGGAUUGACCCCACCUACGUGGUGGCCACAUCUUACGACAUCGCGGUAGACGCGGACACCGAGGUCACGCAGUACAAGCCCCCGCUGAGCCGGCCCCUGCGGCCAGGGGCCUGGACUGUUCGACUGCUUCAAUUCUGGGAACCCCUGGGCGAGACCCGCUUCCUCGUGCUGCCCUUGACCUUCAACCGCAAACUACCUCUCAGGAAAGAUGACGCCAGCUGGCUGCAUGCCGGGCCACCUCACAACGAGUACAUGGAGCAGAGUUUCCAGGGCCUCAGCGGCAUCCUGAACCUGCCUCAGCCAGAGCCCGCGGAGGAGGCCGCCCGCCGGCACGCGGAGCUCACGGGCCCGGCACUCGAGGCCUGGACAGAUGGGGAGCUGAGUGGCUUCUGGUCUGUGGCCGGACUGUGUGCCAUGGGCCCCUCCACCUGCCCCUCCCUGGAGCUCUGCAGACUGACCAGCUGGAGUUCUGUUUUCCCCGACCCCAAAUCAGAGCUGGGGCCCGUCAAAGCAGACGGGCGACUCAGGUAGCAGGGCCCCAGCCAGCACCUCCGGAUGACCCCGGGGGAAAUUGCACCUUACAGACAGCGGAGGGACGUCCCCUCCCUACAGGCAAGAACCAGAAGCCCAGGCAGCACACCCACGCCAGCCAUCACGAACCCGCGCGGGCGGCAGCGAAGGUGGGCAUCAUACUUCCUACUAAUGGUUUUGCUGGGGACCAGAGGUUGGCAGGAGUGUGGGGAGAAGGGCUCCAGCUUCCACGCCCCACUCUUCCUCACUUUUCCUUCUAGGUUUCUUGGGUUUUUUUUGUGUGUGUUUUUGUUUUUGUUUUGUUUUUUUUUUUAACGGGUGGUAGGGGGAGGAACUGGAAACGAAAUUGUGCAAUAGGGCUCAGGGCAGCUCCAGGAAGUGGGCCAUGGCUCUGGGGAGCAGGGGCCUGACGAGCCCAUCUGUUGUUGUUCUGGAGGAGGCUGGGCCUGCCUCACUCUCCAGGGCGUCGUCUCCCAGCCGGGGCCUGUGGUGCUCAUGGCUGAGGCUCUACAGGGGUGCAAGUGCCACGCCAGGCUCUGAGGCCCGGAGAACAGGUGAUUUGGGGGAGCGCUGCAGAGCUGGACUCUAGCGGGACAGCCUCUCCUCUUGUAUCCAGGGGACCGUGGAAGAAGGGGUGGGGCUGGUUCUAGGGCUUUCCAGCAUGUCCUGCCCCUUGAUGGGCAACACAGGGCACCAGGGCCUGCUGAGACCAAUGCAAAGUCUCCCAGGUACCCAGAACUGCAAGCAGGGCCUGGGCUCCCGCCCGGGAGGGCGAGCCCUCACAAGCAGUGUGGGAAGAAGGCUCUGUCAGGGCUCUCAGAAGAACCUAGAACAGCAUUGUGCCUGAAGCUCAGUGUGAAGUCUGAAAUAUGCAACAGAAGAAAUAUAUCUCUAUCUCUCUAA